CGGUCUUUACCUAAUGUGAAAGUUGAGUGCAUGCAUCCUGUAUGCAGUAGCUAGCUUGGUUUUAAUACGGAUGCAUAUUAUUGCAUUGCAUUGACGGGCUAGCUAUAUACGGCUGGGCUAGUGUUGUUUCAAGAGCUAGACACGAUGUUACUAGUAUUAGCUGUUGUUACAUCACUAUUCCUCUCCACUGGGCAUGCUCUCAACUUCUGCCAGAACAACAGUUUCCAUUCACUGGAGAGAGACUUCCUAUCCAGAGUAAAGAACCGCUAUCAGAUCACUCGCACUUUCUACCCUCCUCGAGACCCUCGCCCGGUCGUUAUCAAGAUCCAUUAUUCGUACCCUGAUGGAACCAAUCAGACGUGGUUUUGGAGUGAAUCACAAUUUUAUCUGAUUCAACCGCUCGAGAUAUUUCAGUACACUUCAUUAUUUUUCUCUAAUUUGCCGCGUAGACAGACGGAGGUGACGCUCUCACUGAGUCAAGAGUGCGAGGGGUUGGGGGAGGAGCUUAUGGAAGUGCUCACUCAGCGGAUGAAACUCUAUGCUUCUACGGCCUCCAUUUCCCUGGAAGCCGCCCCUCUGAGAAUCUCCGAUGAUUAUAUUGCAAUAGCAGCUUCAUUUGAGGAAAUCAAUAACGAUGUACUGCAGAGCAACUUCCUCAAAGUGUGGUUGCACAUUUUUCUGAUCCUGUUUCCAAUCUGUACUCUCUUCUGCCUGUGGCUGUGUGACCCUGUGCAGCUGUUGCUAGGAGACAAAGUGUGGACCAAGCUGGAGGAUGAAUCCAACCAUCCCAGAGUGGCAGCUCUAGUUCAAUUAUCUGUCCUCUUCACAACCUUUGUGUUUAUUCUGGAUAUUAUGGCGUUAGUUGCGACUGUGCUGGGAGAUUUCCUAGUGUAUAAUCGACAUGCGGCGUUUUACCUCUCCACAGUAACUGGCUUGAUAGUGGACACUGCUGCGUUUGUGUGGGUCAUGUUUGUGCUCAUUAAAAGCUGCCAUUGGGAUUGCAAAAACUUCUGGUAUCGCUGGAGAAAACGCCAGCCUUGCAAUAAAGGAGAAUCAGAGAAGAUAAAGAAGUUAAUGUCCACGAUAAUGGUGGCACCAUUGCUCUGCUUUGCCAACCAUUUCCACUACAUCAUUCUAGCCCUGAUAGCAGAUCCAUUUCAUACUGCCGGUGUUAUCAUCACCUACCUCAUAACAUUUGCUAUCAAUUAUUUCCUGUUUCAACAAUUCUACAAUUGUGUCGUGUUUCGAUCAUUUCACAGACGAAUGGGUAACGAACGGAAGGUGUAUGCACUUCGAACCCCAUCGCGUUCAAAUAUUUUCAAUAGAUCUCAAUCUGCGUCUGCUCUGCCCGGAACUAGAAAAGUUAAAAUCGAACGUGUACCAUUUAAUACACAAACUGUUGUUUUUGGUUUGCUGAUUCUGACUCCAUUUAUUGUUUUAUAUGAGGGGAUUGUGAUUGCUCUGUUCUCAAGUUUGCCCAUUUCCAAGACCAUAGAAGAUGCUCCAUCACGGUUAUACAGCAUAUAUCAGGGAACUGGGAUUCUUAUCGUUGUGUUGCUCACCUACAAUAUUGUACUGGCUCCUAAAGGAUUUUCAUUAGGAAGAGCUGUUGAGCAUGUGGCUAAGCAGAUUCGUCUCCCUGAGGAGAUAAGGAACUGGACGCUCCUGACAGACGAGGAGAAGUGUGCCAACGUGCUGACCUCCCUCAUAGGGGAGGGUGGGCUGCAAGAGCUAGUGGAGAUGCGUAACCAUCACCAUGGCAAUGGCACUGACAAUGGUCACCAUGACGCUGGUAACCAAGACGACGACAUUGAUGACGUUGACGACAAGCUGGAUGGUGAAUUGAGGAGCCCCGUUGCUAAGGGCAACAACAACAUUAGUAUUGAGGGAAGAGAAAGUACUUUUUAAUGUGUUACAUUUAUUUAUUUGCUGUACUGAUACAUAAUAAUUAUUAUGAUGACUUUA